AUGGCGCACGCGCAGACGACGUAUUCGUUCCCGAUCCUGAGCAACACGGAGAUUCUCGCGUGCCUGCGCGAACUGGACGUGCCGCUGAGCGAGACGGAUCUGCUGAAACCGACGCACGAUGGACUGAGACCGGCGUAUGAGACGCUGAUUGAGAUUUUCUUUGGGACGACGAUGGCGGAGCUGGGGGCGAUCGACGAGGAGGCGUACGCGAAGUUGGAUUACCCGGAACUGUAUGAUGAGGCGAUUCCGAAUUUGGCGUUCAUAAGGGCGAUGCAAGAUUUAGCGCGCGGGGCGGGGCUCGAGGAUUUCUCGUUGAAGGAUGUGUUUAAGCCCGAGUACGGGCGCACGCGGAGGAAUUUGAGCGCGAUUAUCAACUUUGCGAAAUUUCGCGAAGAGCGAUUGAUCGAGUACGAAGAGGCGCUGGCGGAGAAGGAUGAAGAAGAAAGAAAGUAUUUGGAGGCAUUAGCGGAGAAUGAGCGAUUGAAGGCGGAGAUUGCGGAGGCGGAGGCGUUCGUGAACGAGAACGACCCAGACGCCCUGGCGCGAGAGGUGGCGCAGCUUGAACUCGAGGUCGAAGCCGCGAGUUUGGAGGCGAGCGAGAUAGAAGCGCGCGCUUUGGCGUCUGAAAACGAGCUUCAAGCGUUGAUAGAGGAGGAAAACCGGCUGAAGGAGCAGUUUGAAAUCGAGAAAGCGGCCAGGGCGAAUCAGGAGGGUGCCGAGCAGCAACUUGCGGCGGAGAGGCAGCGGGAAGAGGCGCAGUUGCAGGAGCAAUUCAACUAUUUGCAAAGCAUGGAAAGGGAGAUGCGCGAGACGAUUGAAGUCAUGAAAGGGAUCGAACAGAGCAGAAAAGAAGGCGAAGAACAAAAGGCGAAACUCAAGGCGCUCGAAGCAGAAGUCUCCACCGCCGAGGAGGAGACGUGGAAGUUGGACGCGAAGAUGGAGCAGUUACAACGUCAAAAACAAGCCAUGGAAGAAAAAAUGGCUCGCAUGGAGUCCCAAGGUAAGCUCAAGAAAGACGCCGCGGAGGCUGCGCUGCGAGCAGCGCAGGAGGAGCUCGCCGCGAGAACAGCGAGAGCUGGUCACCAGCGCCAAAAGGAGUUGGAAAAUCAAAAGGAAAUCGCCGAGCUCGAGGCUGCGAUGAAGAAGUUGACGGACGAGCACAAUCGCGAUAUGGAUGGGCUCAUGCGCACGUACGAAGAACUGCGCGACACCGUGGUGGAAUAUCACAACGAGCUGUUCGAAGCGAUGGAGGACAUGAACAAUAAGGGACAACGUCGCGAGCGCGCGGUCGCGAUGCAGGCUUCUCCGGGUGGUUCUAGCAUGCUUAGUACCCCGCCAUCCGCAAUGUCGAUCGACCAUUACUAG